UAGAGGAUGAAAUGAUCCGUUCGGAAUGACAGUAAAGGGACCGUCUGACGCCAGAUUCCAGAUGCAAAGACAGCCGCUCCGAACGGGCUCAGCGAUUGGCCAGAGCGCUAAUGAGCUGCACUCACGAGCAACGCGAUUGGACGGGUGGCGCGUCAGUCAAGGCGAAGUCUCCUCCCCUUUCAGCAGGGUCGGGUGCGCGCGGAGCAAAGCCCACCCCGAACACCUCCAGCUGCCCAAACAGAAGACGCAGGAGGAGUAGAGGGCUCGGACAUGGGGAGAAAUCAGCACUGGCCCGUCUGAUAGAGAUCGGUGUUUUUUAUUUAUUAGAAAAAAAACCGAGAGGCCUUAGCACAACCAAAAAAAAAAAAGAAAAAAAAAAAAAGAAGAAAAAAAAAAGGAGAGAAAACCCAUCCCUAGCACAAAGCUGGACAUAAAUCAAUGGACUGAAUGAAGACUGCCUAUACCGCCUAUCGAUGCCUGGCCAAGGAUUUGGAUGCGUACGCCAUGAACCCAGAGAUGACAAUGGACAUUGGCAACCUACAUGCCGGAAUAAGCCAUGAGCAGGACUUGAUGAGCCACAGCCCUCAUCACAACCGCAAUUCGCUACGGAUACACCAGGAUCUGAGCGUUGCGCCGUCGCGCUCCGCGAUGGUGUCCAGUAUGGCAUCGAUACUGGACGGUGGUGGUGGUGGAGGUUGCGCGGGAGGAGAGUAUCGUCCGGAGCUUUCUUUACCGCUUCAUCACGCCAUGAGCAUGCCGUGCGACACCUCCCCACCCGGGAUGAGCGGCACAUACACCACCCUGACCCCGCUUCAGCCCCUGCCUCCCAUUUCCACAGUAUCCGACAAAUUCCACCAUCCGCAUCACCACCACCACCACCACCACCAGCGUCUCUCUGGGAAUGUGAGCGGCAGCUUCACUCUCAUGCGGGACGAGAGGACUCUACCAGCCAUGAAUAACAUCUACAGCCCCUACCACAAAGAUAUGAGCGGGAUGGGUCAAAGCUUGUCCCCUCUGGGUAACAUCCACAACGCGCAACCAACGCUCCACAAUUACGGCGCGCACGGGCACGAUAAGAUGCUAAGCUCCAACUUUGACGCACACACUGCCAUGCUGGCCAGAGGGGACCAGCACCUCUCCAGAGGCCUCGGUGGCCCCACCGCGGGCAUGAUGCCGCAUCUCAACGGGAUGCACGGGUGCCACCCUCAAUCCCACGGGCCCGUGUUGGCUUCCAACCGGGACAGACCGCCCUCCUCCUCCGGAGCGCCGGGUUCUGGCGGCUCGGGUCAGCUGGAAGAGAUCAACACGAAAGAAGUGGCGCAGCGCAUCACGGCCGAGCUGAAGCGCUAUAGUAUCCCGCAAGCCAUCUUCGCUCAGCGGGUGUUGUGCCGCUCGCAGGGAACCCUGUCCGACCUCCUGCGGAACCCCAAACCCUGGAGUAAACUCAAGUCCGGCCGAGAGACGUUUCGCCGCAUGUGGAAGUGGUUACAGGAGCCCGAGUUUCAGAGGAUGUCGGCCCUUCGGCUUGCAGCGUGCAAAAGAAAAGAGCAGGACCCGAGCAAAGACAGGAGCAAUACACCAAAGAAAUCGCGGCUGGUUUUCACAGACCUGCAGCGAAGAACACUUCUGGCCAUCUUUAAAGAGAACAAGCGCCCGUCCAAAGAAAUGCAGCUGACCAUCUCGCAGCAGCUGGGACUGGAACUGAACACUGUAAGCAACUUCUUCAUGAACGCCCGCAGACGCAGCCUGGACAAAUGGCUGGACGAGGGAAGUCCGGGCAACACGUCGUCCACCUCCAGCACUUGUACCAAAGCGUGAUCCCGGGGGAGGGGGGGUGGUGGGAUGGGAUGGGAUGGGAACGUGGGAUCGGGAUGAGGGUCCCGUGCACCGGGGAGGGUGCAAACUUUUUAAGAGGAGAAAAUCGUUCCGAAGGGCAACGAGAGAAACUGCUUACCGGCUCAAUGCUUUCGGU